CAGGCGUUAUCGGGGCGGAGUUAAUGUCCGGUAGCGGCAGCUUGAGGACCCGGUAAGGCGGGGCUCUUCGGAAGCCGGAAGUGGCCCGUGACGGGCACUCGGAGCAGUUCCGAUGACUGUCCACAAUCUGUACCUGUUUGACCGGAAUGGAGUGUGUCUGCACUACAGCGAGUGGCACCGCAAGAAGCAAGCAGGGAUCCCCAAGGAGGAGGAGUACAAGCUGAUGUAUGGGAUGCUUUUCUCCAUCCGCUCGUUUGUCAGCAAGAUGUCCCCGCUAGACAUGAAAGACGGCUUUCUGGCCUUCCAAACUAGCCGUUACAAACUCCAUUACUACGAGACACCCACUGGGAUCAAGGUUGUCAUGAAUACUGACCUGGGUGUGGGACCCAUCCGAGACGUGCUGCACCAUAUCUACAGCGCGCUGUACGUGGAGCUGGUGGUGAAGAAUCCUCUGUGUCCCCUCGGCCAAACUGUGCAAAGUGAGCUCUUCCGCUCCCGACUGGACUCCUACGUCCGCUCUCUGCCCUUCUUCUCUGCCCGGGCUGGCUGAGGCAGCUUGCCUCCUCUCUCAGGAGAAUCUGUAUUUGCCUGGGGCCUUCCUAACCUGUGGUGCCUGGGGGCCCCCAGUGUAAACCCCCCAUCCACUCCCUCCCGGGUUUACACCCUAAAGACAUGCUCUGCCGGCCCCCAGGAAUCCCAACACCCCUAAACCAGGCCCUUUCUCCAGUUUUAUCCUUUCCUGACGCUGUGAGACGCACAAAAUAAAGCUUUUGUCACCCUGUG